GGAAACACACCCAAAAAUUUCACAUCACCAUCAGGAUUCACCAGCAAUGAACUCUCCUCUCAAGUUUGAGGUGUUUUCUUGUCUUCGGGUUUUGCUUGUUUAAAAGUUGACACAUGUAGUGGACAAGUUUGGAAUCGGAUUUGGGAUCGUCUACCAUGGAUUAUCUGCAACCUUUGAUUGAGUUUACGAUCAUCGUUCUUUUCCUAGCUGCGCAUUCAAAAGGUGAAACAUGGGGUUUGCAAGUCAACCGAAACGUCACUGCGGUGAAAGGCCAAAGUGUGACCAUCCCAUGUACGUUCAGUUACCCGCCGAAUCAGCACACGGGAAACCUACAGCUUUUCUGGAAACUGCCGGAGAAAUGCAGAUUUAAUACCUUCGACAGGGAUCGCCACGCAUUCAUUUAUCACCCCAAUAGCACAUUUGUGGUGGAGAGGUACCAAGGAAAGACCAGGCUGUUAGGAAAGAAAAGCGAAAAGAGUUGCACACUCAGGAUUCAAGAGUUAAUGGACAGCCGACUGGUUAUUUUCUUCAGGAUCAUUGCCAAGAAUGACAACUAUAGUUUUUAUGAACAAAGUGUCACGAUAUUUGCAUCAGAUGCUGCACAAGUCUCUCCUAAUCCAGGAAUUCUUUUCCCAACUUCAGCCUUCCCAAACGGUCAACAAUCUCCAAUGAACAGAGAUAAGUGGCGAACCAUCUACAUCUCCAUCUUUGUGCCGCUUGUGGCAGUCGGGAUCCUUCUCGCUGCUGGGUUUCUUGUUUGGAAAAAGCACAAUAGGUCACAAUCGUUUCUGAGGGGGGGCUCUGGACAUUAUGCAAACUUUAGUAGAGCAUCUCCAAACCCGCCGACGAGAGAAGAAAAUCACAACAAACAAGACAAUAAAAAUCUUCCAGACGGGAAGGUUGUGGAGGAACCGGUUUAUGUUAAUGUGCAGCAAGCGUCAUGUCAGACGGACGCACGAGGAGGGGAUCACGACAUAUAUGAAAAUGUGUCUUAUAUGACUAAAUAACACAAUCGAGUCUUCCUUUUUGGCCAUGAAAAUGGAUAGGUGUAAGAUUAAUAUAUGAAUCAAGACAA